GAGCGCGCUCGCCCGCUGCCUAGUGGCAGUCACGACUGUGCGGUCGCCAGCGAGGUGCCGGCGGGCGCGGCGACGCUGGGCGCACUCUCCCUUGCCCGCGGGACUGCUGGGGAGGUGGGCAGGGCCGGGGUCGGGGCGAGGCCGGCCGAGGGCGCGUUAGCGCCUGGGUGAGGAUGGGAAUCCCCGGGACCUGGAGCUGAGCGACCAAGCGCGCCACGCGGAGGGCGCGCAGGAGGAAGGCGAGCCUCGCUGUUCCUCCGGGAGCCCAACACCGUUCCCGCGCCGCCACGAUGAUCCCUCCGAGCGGCGCCCGCGAGGACCGCGUGGAUGGGCUGCCCAAGGAGGCGGCGAGCGCCGAGCAGCCGCCCUCGCCUGCAUCCACCAGCAGCCAGGAAUCCAAGCUCCAGAAACUAAAACGAUCACUUUCUUUCAAGACCAAGAGUCUGCGGAGCAAAAGUGCUGACAACUUCUUCCAGCGAACCAACAGCGACGUGAAGCUGCCAGCGGACCUGCUGGCUGAGGUCAGCCCCAACUCCAGCCCACUCCCUGCCCCCGGAAGCCUGACGUCCACACCCACCAGGGCUGGUCUGCAUCCGGGCAGCGGCAAGGCCCAUGCCUUUCAGGAACACAUCUUCAAGAAGCCCACUUUCUGUGAUGUCUGCAACCACAUGAUCGUGGGAACAAAUGCUAAGCAUGGACUACGCUGCAAAGCCUGUAAGAUGAGCAUCCACCACAAGUGCAUGGAUGGCCUAGCACCCCAGCGGUGUAUGGGCAAGCUGCCAAAGGGGUUUCGCCGUUACUACAGCUCCCCCUUGCUCAUUCAUGAACAAUUUGGAUGCAUUAAAGAAGUUAUGCCCAUUGCCUGUGGCAAUAAGGUGGACCCUGUCUAUGAGACCCUUCGCUUUGGCACCUCCCUGGCUCAGAGAACAAAGAAGAGCAGCUCCGGCAGUGGCUCUGAUUCACCUCACGGGACCUCUACUUCAGAUCUUGUGGAGGUUCCUGAAGAAGUUGACGGGCCAGGAGAAGGGUAUGACCUACGGAAACGCAGCAACAGCGUGUUUACAUAUCCAGAAAAUGGCACUGACGAUUUCCGAGAUGAAGCAAAGAACAUAAACCACCAGGCACCUCCUUCCAAAGACCCAUUGCAGAUGAACACCUAUGUUGCCUUGUACAAAUUUGUACCACAGGAGAAUGAAGAUUUGGAAAUGAGACCAGGAGACAUGAUUACUCUUCUGGAAGACUCCAAUGAAGACUGGUGGAAAGGGAAAAUUCAAGACAGGAUUGGCUUCUUUCCAGCCAACUUUGUUCAGAGAGUACAACAAAAUGAGAAGAUUUUUAGAUGUGUUAGAACCUUCGUUGGGUGUAAGGAACAGGGGCAGAUAACACUGAAAGAGAAUCAGAUCUGCCUGACUUCUGAAGAAGAACAAGAUGGCUUUAUCAGAGUCCUCAGUGGAAAGAAGAGAGGCCUCGUCCCCCUGGAUGUCCUAGAAAAUAUCUGAUUGCUGGCCCCUCCUCCUUUUGCAGUAGGCAAACUCUGCUGUGAUGCCUCAUCUCACACUGUGUCAACCCAGAGGAGCUGUCACACUGAUCCGGCCACCCAGGAAACAAUGAAACAAGACUCAAGGACCUGAAACUGUGGAGUAACAGCCACAAGACAGAGGGUCUAUCACAUAGCAUACCCAGCUGCCCAAGGGGUGAUGAGGCUGAGAGCGUCACUGGCAGAGUGGAGGAUCCUACCUGGUGGCAGCAGCAGGGCAGUAACCACAGCUGUCCCCCAGCUCUCAACUACCUUCCUGCCCAUGUGGUGUGAGUUAACCCUCUGGAGUGCACUCCGGUUUGUGGUGUGGCCCCAGUGCCAGGUUCAGGUCUAUGUAGCCAACUGUGAUUCUGGUUCCAGACCUUUGUCCUCAGUACCGACCAAUGAGCGUCAUCACAUUCGAGACCACAAGCAGUCUCUGCAGAACACCAGGAAGUCCCACUUCCUAGCCCCCUGUAUUCCAGAGCUUCCCUCAGGCCCGCUCACUUUGUGUUUAUGCUGUCUCUCCUGUCCUUCAAGUAAAUCCUGAUGGUGUGCAUUAGAUGUGAGAGCUAAGUUGACGUGGCACCAACUGCAAAGCCCUGAUCUGCCCAAAGAUAGCUGACAGCAGUCCCCUCUGCUGCUCUAGUGACCAACAGAGGUGACAGAGCAGAAUACGAAGCAUAGAUACAAAGGACAGAGUGGGAGUAAGGCGGGACAAAGAGCCGUUAUUUAUUGAAGAUUAUAUAGCCCUUUCAGUAAUGAAGUCCUUUCCCCAAGCAAAUGGAACUGGGGAAGAGAAGGUGGCAAAAAGCCUCAAUGAUGAGCUUCGCUUUCAUUUUACUUUCUCUGCAUUAGGGGCAGCAUCUUUCCCUCAUGCCAUCUUGUAGGACUCCCUCUUGAAGGCUGAGUCCACCUCGCAGAGAACCAGAAACAUGGAGGAGAACCAACAGCAUCUUAGGAGAAAAGUAGCCAAAUGGAAUUCAUUCUUCUUUAGGGCAGUAGAUUAUACUCUAGCAAAUGUAAAAUGGAGAAGAAGCAUCCUUAAUGCUUCAGCCUUUUGAAAGCAGAGGAACUUGGGGCCUAUUUAGCAUCAACUAAAGGAGUCUCUAUUACUCUAUACUUAUACUAAUGUUUACAAGAAUACAAUAUACUGUGAUGCCUUCCUCCUCAUUCAAACUUGCAUCCUAGUAGGCUUUAAUAUGGUUAAACUUCAAUUCACAAUGACCUUGGAAUCAAUGUCAGUUUUAUUUAUUUUGUUACAGAGCAAUAAAAUCAUUAGAACAAUUGGUUUUUUAAAGACUUAAGUGGAUGCAUCCUGUGCAUGUAAGCAUCAUUUCCCAAACCAAAGCAUCAUUAGUCUCCAUUUAUUCCUUUUGUUACCGCUCAGCGUGAAGUUGGGCGCUGAAACAGGAUGGCUGCUUGUUUCAACAGUAGUUUGGAUGCCUUACUCUCAUUUUAAAGCCAGCAUCCAGAAUUUCCCCUCUCUGAUACAAUGUACAAAACUGAAUGUACAGAGUCAGAUGGAUUUUUUGAGAGCCAGGGUGAAUAAAUGACAGCCGUUCUGUUAAAGGGAAUGUCGGACUACAAAUGCUCUUUGCCUCUAAUUCAAUAUUGCAUUUAGUAAAAACACAGUGGAUAGAAGGAGCAUAAAAGAACAUGUGUCCUGAUCUCUCCUUUUUGGUGGAAAAUCUAGUGAAGCAAUUUGAUGCUAUGGUGUCACUUCCUAUGCAAAUUUAAUUCACAUAAAAAAAGCAGUUUGCUUUUUGCAAAAGGGUCCUCCAACGAUCCCUUGCUCUGGAUAUUCUUGCUUUUGUGUAGCCCACUGCCACAUUGAAUCAGAAUUGGUCAUAUAUGAUCAAUAGAAUAUAGCAGAAGUGAUACUGCAUGACAUCUAGGCUAGGUCAAAAAAAGUCCUUGCAGCUUCUGCCUUGACCAGUGGAAAGACCACAUAUUUCCACAGCUGACAUUGCAGAGAAGUAGUGGGUCCUGUUGAACCCUGCCCAGGUUAUAGAUUUAUGAGCAAGAUAAAUGUAGUUGGUUUUUUUUUUUUUUUAAGUCACUAAGUUUUGGAGUGAUUUCUUAUACAGAAAUAUUUAACUGGAACAGGAACUUUAAUUUGAGCCAAUGUUAGAGAGGAGAAAAAAAUACCCUUUCUGCAAAAUGAGACUCAAAAGUUUUUGCAAACAUCAAGUAUUGGCAGGCAGUUAGCCCACCAAAUGCAAGAUUUCUAGCGUGCCUUAAAGAUCUGGAGUCGUCCAGAUAUCAGAGCAAAAGGCAGAUGUUCCUCAUAGCACAGAUUGCCACAGAUGCUUACUCACACACGGAGAGAGAUUUUAGGAGCCACGGCAUUUCCUCUCCUCCUGCCUGUCUGCAGAAAUGGCAAGAACGAUUCCAAGACUCAAGAAAUGGCUGGAAAAAGGGCUACAGUUUCCGAAUGGGGAUGAGAUGAAAGUUUCAGGAGACAGACUUUGGUGAGGGGACAGGAAGGAGAGGAAAGCGUUAAUAUGAAGAACAAUGGUAUUUGGGGGAAAAUUUUGCACAGUGUGAGGGAACACCCUUAUACCCAGUGUGAGGGAUGCUGCAUGUAUAACUAAACCAGGGAGCUGUGCCAGACACUUCACCACCAAUGCUGUAGGAUGUGGAUUCUAUCAUGAUGAAUUUGAAAUUUAAAAAAAAAAAAAACUGAUUGAACCUUCUUCAGGGCUCCAGAACGUAAAGAUUAGAACUUCUUUUACCCCCAUC